GCAUAUUUAAGUUUUGCUUUCAAUAGUUGUAUAAAAUUCACGCCAGGCAGACUUAAAACGAAAGCAAUUUACCCAGACCAUCAACUUCAGAAAAUCAAACAUUUAAAGCAAGAUGGAAAACCCUCCACCAUACACAAUUGAAACACAAAAUCCUGCAUACAUUCACGGAUCUCCUCCGAACGUUGCACAACCUGGUUACCCACCUCAACAACAACAACCUGGUUACCCGCCUCAACAACAACAACCUGGUUACCCACCUCAACAACAACAACCUGGUUACCCACCUCAACAACAACAACCUGCAUACUCACCACCACAACCAGCGGGUUAUCCCCCAGAAAAGAACUUCUCACCUCAAGGUUACCCUCUCAAGGUUACCCACCUCCACCCCCACCAGGAAUGCAACAAAGCAACAACAGCACGACAGUUGUCAUGCUCGUAUAACCAACCUCAGCCUACGGUGGUGGCAACAACGAUUCCAGUUGUCAAUGAUCACAUGAUAUUGUCCAUCGUUGCCUUUUUAUGUUUUUGUUGGCCAAUCGGACUUGUAGCUAUUAUCAAGUCGCUCGAAGCAAGGAACCGAUUCGCUGCUGGUGACUACGCAGGUGCUGUAACCUCCGCUCAUACUGCAAGGAAUCUUAGUAGUAUAGCCAUCGUGUGUGGAAUAAUCAUCUACAUCGUUGUCAUAGUUGUAGAAGUAGCCGUCGUAUCAUCCUCAAACACCUAAAGGUUUUCAAUGAGCACAGCUAUGAUACAAAGGGCACAGUUACAACACACAUAUAUAUCUACCUAUAGUUUCAUCUAAUGAUUUAAGUUGUUCACGUUUAAUUGUACUUCAGCAUACAUAUACUCAUUUUUAUUAAAUAACGAUUAAACUGUUUCAUGAUUGUCAUGAAAAUACUUUUUGA